UAUAUUCUGAAUUGAGUCUCUAAGAGUGGCUUGCAUAACAAGUUAUAUUAGGAGCAGUCCGGCGCCUUACACAGAAAAAAGACAGAGAGAAGGGUGACAGUGACAUGACAUGUAUGCGUAGAAACAAGGAACGGCAAACUUUUUAUUGAUUAUCAUCAUCACUCCCACACGCCCCUUCGAUUUCAUUUCGCGAUUCACAUUCACAUUCUAAUUUCCAAUUAACAAAACAAACCCACUCCAAAUUUCACUUCACAGAACCCAUUCCAAUUCCAUUCAUCACAUUCACAAUGCGCUACCAUUCUGUCUUCUCUCACUGAUAUAACUCUCUAUCUUCUUCAUCUUUUCUCGUUGAUAUAUUGGUGUUAAGGUAAGGGAGAAGACAUGGGAAGGCUAUUUUUGGUUAGUCUUGAAGGGAACUUCUAUAGCUGCAAGCACUGCCAAACACAUUUUGCCCUUGCUCAUGAUAUCAUUUCCAAGUCUUUCCAGUCCAGGCAUGGGAAAGCUUAUCUCUUUGAUAAAGUUGUAAAUGUUACCGUUGGAGAGAAAGAAGAACGAAAUCUGAUUACUGGAGUGCACACUGUUGUUGACAUAUUCUGUGUUGCAUGUGGAUCCAUUGUUGGAUGGAAAUAUGAGUCUGCUUGUGAGAAAUCUCAACAGUAUAAAGAAGGAAAGUUUAUCCUUGAAAGGUUUAAGGUGUUGGGACCUGAUGGCAGCCUCUACAUGGAAGCUCCAGAACCAAAUGCUGUUGGAAGUGAUGUUGAUGAUGUUUGAUUUGCUCAUUUAGGAUCUAAUCUCAUUUUGAAACUGUACAUUCUCUAUGCUUCUUCCUGUUAAAAUAUGUUAUACUUCAGCUAUUAGUAUACACUUACAAUGCACUAAAGGUUACAAUAGUUCCCUUAUUACAAUGCAUUAAAGGUUACAAUAGUUCCCUUACCCUUAAUUCAAAAUCAACUAGGCCAAAAUGUUGGAAUUGUAUGAAACUA